ACUUGGUCGUGUGUGGUUGCAAAGGAACGAGCUCCUCCCCUCUCUCACUUGCUUGAUACUGGCUUCAAGGCUACGGUUGCACAAAUCUCUUUUUAGGGGGCGGCUUUUUACUUAUAGGGAUUUUAGCACGUAGGCCUAACAAAUGAAGAGACCCAGCUAAGAACAGUUCUAUAUUUCACAGUUAUUGUUCAUCUAAUAGAACAACGUUUAUCUUUUGAAUUUAGUGACCUGAAACACAUAGCGUCUCUGGGUAUUAAGGUCGGUAGUUGAGGAGCAUUGAGGUCUCCUUAUUUCGCACUGACAAUUCACCAGCUCGUCUCGGAGAGAUUGCAACAUGUUGAGAUUAUGGAGCGCUGUGGCGCUAGUUCUGGUCUUGGGCGUGUGUGGACCGCUGGCCCUGGAGCUGGUGAGCCCAGCAGUGAGCCCUGAGCUGCAGCACACACAACUUUCGGACCCUCACGUCGUCAGCAAGAGGUCCGUCCAGCAGAUCCCUCUGGGCACCGCAGGCUUUCCGCUGCCCGUCGACAUCGACCCCAUACCUUCCGGUCCACGAGUGACGAUGCCGCAUAUUUCGUUUCGCGACAUGGGCGUUCAAGUCGACGCGGCAACCGCCACCGUCAAAGAGCGCUUCGAUACCAUCGAACCUGCCAUCUAUAACAACGGCGUAAGGCAGAUUCCAGGCACCCCAGCGUGGUACAUGGCAGCGUCCCACAAGACAAAAGUCGUCGCCAAGAACAUCUCGAGGAUUGCGCUCAUUGCUGAGGAGGCCACCAAAUACAUGGCUCAAGAGUUCAAAUUGGAUAAGGAUCAAAUUUCCUACGGCCUUCCCACUGCUGACGUUCGAGGUACAAUUCUAGGCGACCAAUGCCCAGUCGAAGUCGACUUUCCGUGCCAGCCCCGCAAGUAUCGCGCCUUCAACGGCUACUGCAACAAUGUUCAGAACCCAAAGUGGGGUAACGCCAACACCAGGUACCUUCGCUUCCUGCCUGCUGAUUACGGCGAUGGUGUGUCUGUUCCGCGUCAGUCUGCGCAAGGAGAGUUCCUUCCAUCGAGCAGGAUUGUGAGUCUCACGGUCCACGGCGACCACAGCAACGCUCACAAGUACAUGACAGCGCUCGCUGCUACGCUCGGGGAAUUCGUGUUCCAUGAUUUAUUCCACACGCCACAGAUGGCUGGUUAUGUAGGACAAAGACUUCGCUGCUGCAACGUUCAAUUUAACGACUUUCAUCCUGAAUGCUACCCCAUUCGUCUGCCGGAAAACGACCCCGUAUAUUCGCGUGUGCAAGAAAAGUGCCAAGAAUAUGUGAGAUCCGGAACGGCUCCUAGGACUGGCUGCACUCUCGGCCCUCGCGAACAAAUAAAUCAGGUCUCGGGCUUCUUGGACGGCUCCGUCAUUUACGGCUCAAGUAAAGCAGAAAGCGACGAGCUCCGAUCCUUCAAGCGCGGCCAGCUCGCCGUACAGCGCGGACCUCAGGGCACACAGCUCCUGCCAGCGGACGAAAACCAAGUCGACUGUCGAUCUUCUUCCAAGAAACACAGGUGCUUCAAGUCUGGAGACGUUCGAGUAAACGAACACGUGGGACUGGCUGCAAUGCAUCAAUUGUUUAUGAGGGAACAUAACCGAGUGGCAGAUGCUCUCCAUAAACUCAACACUCACUGGAAUGAUGAACAAAUUUUCCAAGAGGCUCGCAGAAUUGUCGGCGCCGAGCUGCAGCAUGUCGUCUACACGGAAUUCCUUCCUGCUAUUUUAGGCCAGACUGUUGUCGAAAAGUACGGACUAAAUCCGCAGUCGUCAGGAUUCUUCACAGGUUACGACAUCAACAUCAACGCGGGCGUCGCAAACUCCGUCGGUUCCGCCGCACUUGCUUUUAUCAUGUCCAUGAUGCCCAACACCGUCGAAUACUAUUCUGGGGGUCGCAAGGUAAGCGAUAGGUCCAUCACGGAAACAUUCUACAGCCCCUUCGACCUGUACGAGCGAGGCAAGUUCGACGAGAUUCUGGAAGGCUUGGUGCACUCACACGCCCAGAACGAAGACCCUGCCAUCGCCGACGCCAUUUCUAACAGACUCUUCAUGGAUGAGAAUGGCAUCGGCAUCGACCGCGUGGCGACCAUAAUCCAGCAGGGCCGGGACCACGGCAUCGCCUCGUACAACGCGUGGCGCGGUUUCUGCGGCCUUAAAAAGGCCAAGGGCUUCGAGGAUUUGGAAGACGUCAUACCACCUGCGACUAUCGAUGCCCUUAAAAGGGUGUACCAGUCUGUAGAAGACAUCGACCUGUUCACUGGAGGGUUGUCGGAGAAGCCCAACCGCGGAGCUGUGGUUGGUCCCACGUUCGGAUGCCUGAUCGGCAGGCAGUUCCACUACCUGAGACGAGGUGACCGCUACUGGUAUGAAAACGACAUCCCGCCAUCUGCCAUCACUAAAGAACAACUUUACGAGGUCCGCAAAACGAGUCUGGCCAGAAUUAUUUGCGACAACAGCGACAACAUUCAAUACAUUCAGCCGAAGGCUCUAAUCCAGGCCGAUCCUUUCCUUAACGCUGAGAUGUCGUGUGCUGGCAAGAAUAUUCCAUCGAUCAACCUGCGUAAGUGGAAGACGGCUUCUCCGAACUUCGUCGUGCCCGACGAGAUGUUGCAAGAGAGCAUCGAGCGCGCCAAGAGAGAUAUCGGAUCCAUGAGAGACUCUGAGUGGAAUCUUUGGGAGAACCAAAAAUCGACUCACGGACGACUGUCAAAGUUAAAUAGACGUAUACGACGACAAGCGAAAGACGACUUUUUUCGACGACGGAAGUUUCAGGAACCUCUGGCCAUGACUACAGAACACAUGAGAGCACUGAUUGACAGAAGUGACAAUAUGAACGUGAGCCCGCGUGUUAUACGUGAGGCUGAAUUCCUGCUUCUGGAUUCUUUUGACGUUGGCGUCCAAGCCUGGGAUUUCUUAAGGACUCAUGAGAAAGAAUUGUGGAAUAGACGAAAAAGUGCGGAUCCCCAAGGAGCCAGCGGUUCAGCGUAUGCCUUCAACAGACCCAAGAACCAGGCCAUCAAGAUCUCUAACACAUCUUUCAUUCUGCAAUUUGCAUCUGCAAGAUUCGUGAAUAAUUUCAUUCAAGGAAACGAAAGAUUACGAACGACUCGAAACAUCGACUCUCAGCUGAAAGAUAUUGAGUCUGGCUCAGUAUCGCCGAACAGUAUAAACGAUCUCAUGGAUGUUCUACCAAACAUUGACGUCAGCGAUAUAAUGGAAAUCCCGAACAUUUUCGAAUGCGACGAUCAAACUCUUCCCUGCGAUCACACGUCAAGGUUUAGGACGGCCACGGGCUGGUGUAACAACUUGAAAAAUCCUGGUCUUGGAAAAUCAUUCCGUGCGCAAGCCAGGCUGCUAAGACCUUCUUACGAAGAUGGUCUCUCAACGCCAAGGGCGUUCUCCGUCACAAAGAAGCCCCUGCCCACGGCAAGACUCAUCUCGACGAACAUCCACAGCGACGUCUCCGCUCCUCACGUUCGCUACACGCUCAUGAUAAUGCAGUGGGGACAGCUCAUUGACCACGAUCUCAUAUUUACGCCUGUUAACAAGGGUUUCCAAGAUUCAAUCUUGGAUUGCCGUCAGUGUGAUUCUCCUCAAGUUACACAUCCUGAAUGUUUCCCAAUACACGUUCCUCCCAACGAUCCUUUCUUCCCACCGGUUAACAUCAGCACAGGAAAGCCGUUCUGCCUGCCGCUUACACGCUCCAUGCCCGGUCAACUAACACUUGGCUACCGGGAACAGAUAAAUCAAGUGACCUCUUACCUCGACGCAUCGCAUACCUACGGGUCAGAUAAAUGCGAGCAACGCAAACUUCGAGUUUUUAAGGAUGGACAUCUUGUUUGGACUGAAAAUCCUAUCCGUGGAAAGCCUUUCCUGCCGACGAACCCUGAAAACCACGAAUGUAAAGCUGCCUCGCGCUUAUGCUUCACCGGAGGUGACACACGGGCUGCAGAACAACCAGCUCUAGCUGCCAUCCAUACUCUUUUCUUGCGAGAGCACAACCGAGUUGCCGAUGAACUCAAAAAGCACAACAAACAUUGGACAGACGAAGCUCUCUUCCAGCAAACUCGCCGCAUAGUAACGGCCAUCAACCAGCACAUCACUUUCAAUGAGUGGCUACCAAGAGUAUUGGGAUGGAACGCCAUCAACUUGUACGAGUUGAAUCUCUUGCCUGAGGGAUAUUACGAAGGGUACGACUCCAAAUGCGACGCAACGAUUCUGAACGAAAUUGGAAUUGUUUUCCGUUUUGGCCACACUCUUCUUAAGCCUGCAUUCGAAAGAAUGGACGGCAUAUUCGCGAAGCGAGACCCGCCUGUGAAACUGAGUGACCACUUCUUCAACACCGAUCUGCUCUUCGAACCUGGAAUGCUAGACGAAAUCAUGCGAGGCUUGACGACUGUUCCGAUUGAAACCUUCGACCAGUUUUUAACAGAUGAAGUUACAAAUCAUUUAUUCGAAGAGAAGGAGCAUAAAUUUUCCGGAUUCGACCUCGCUUCUCUCAACAUUCAAAGAGGACGUGACCAUGGAUUGCAGCCGUACAACGAAUACCGCGUACUCUGCAAUCUUACCCGAGCCCGAACCUUCGAUGACCUCAGCAGGGAAGUUGCGAAACCCAUCAUUGAAAGGCUCAAGAGAAUUUACGAUCACGUUGACGAUAUCGAUUUAUUCACAGGAGGUCUUAUCGAGACACCUCUUCACGGUGGUCUUAUUGGCCCAACCUUCGGUUGUAUUAUGGGUAUUCAGUUUAGAAAUUUGAGAAAAUGUGACCGAUUUUGGUAUGAAAACUCUGACCCGUUGGUCAGAUUUACGGAUUCUCAACUUACAGAGAUUAGAAAAGUGACGCUAUCACGUCUUCUUUGUGACAACUGCGAGACCGUGGAUUCCGAGCAGCGGUCGGGAUUCGAUCUUCCUGACCCAUUCUUGAACCCAAGGGUAUCCUGCCGAGAUAUGCCGGCCAUGAACCUGGAGCUGUGGAAGGAGCGAGUUUCGUGCAGCGUUGGGACCACAAACAUCGAAAUUGGAGCCGCUGACAGAAUAUCGCCUUGCGUCAUGUGUACUUGCACCAAAGAAGGGCCGAUUUGUCAGAGCUUGAAGGUGGACAACUGCUUCCACCUUGCCAAAUCAUACAGCCCAGAAGCGAUCCUCAAUGACCACGUCUGUAAAGUGCAAUGCACUUUCGCUUUCCGAGCAUUCCCUGAAGUUGGAGCAAGAGACAACAACAAACUGGGAUUUUUUAAUAGAUAGAUAAUUUUUCAAAUGGCCUCAGUGCAGUUUCUACUGCUUACCGGAGAGAGAUCGUUUUUUAAAAGUCCACUUUGUAGUUUUUGAUUAUAGUUGAUUGUGUGAAUCUGCUCUCUUUCUGGUUUGGUUUGAUAUUUUGGGGGUUAAACACAUCAGAUUUUGUAAUUUUUAUUUCUAUUCAAAUAUGCAUUUUAAUAUCACAUAUAAUCUGGUGUUCAUGUUCCAAAAUAUUCAGCAUUAUACUGAACUUUUUCUAUUGAACAACCACUUACAGCAUGAAACUGAAAUUCGACUCAAUUUUUACUUAAAAAAUUAAUUCAUCGUUGGAUAACGUUUAAAAAAUCUUCUCUUGUCGUUAUGAAGAUCCAACCGCUUGCACGAAAGAUCGAUUUUCUUAAUGUGAAAUGAAAAUGGUUAAUCGCAUUGAUGGUUUGAGUCACAAACUUGGUUUUUCUUAUCCAUCGUCAAUGAGAGCAUCAAUGAUGCUACUACUUUUUCUUAAUUUGCUUAAAAGGGAAUUACAGAUUGUCUGCAAAUUAAUGCUCCUUGUGAAUCUUUUAUGAAAACAUAUUUAAACCAUUAAUUUAUUUUAAAUCCUAAAAAAUGCAAGUAUUUUGGAAUAUUUCACCACCAUAAUUAUGCUCGGUGUUAUAAAGUUUCGCAUUUUAUCACUAUUUAAAUAACAACCUAACAAGAAGAGUUUUCAUUGAUUGAUGUGGACUCGUAUCCAUUACACAAAUUCUUCGACAUGUGAUAAACUAGUUAAAAGCACUUGAAUCUCCAUCGAUAGUUAAUUUUAAGGUAUUUGAAAUGUGAAAUACGCUUAUAUAGGAGAAUUAGUUACAGUUGAAUUAACCCCAAAUCACCAUCUUAUAGCUGUUAUUAAUGAAAUUAGAAAUCUGAUUGUUAAUGGAAGAUUCUUCGAUAAAAUCUUUCGUGUCAGCGUAAGAUGUUGCUCACGUCCGUUCAGAGCUUCAGCUGUGCAAUUUUGUUACUACAUGCAAAUUAAGUACGAUUUAAAGUUUUAGCUUUAAGCACUGCAAAGGGAUAAUGAUGCGCUUUUUAGGUUAUUCCACCCACACGGCAAAAAAGGUCAAUGGUUAAAAAUGUCUUUUUUCACAUGUUAUUCGCCAUUCUUAGAAUUUUUACUUAAUAGGUAAAUCUAUAAUAUUGGCGCAAGAAAGGUCUAAACGAUUAAUUAGCUAUUUAGGCUCAGACAAGUAGCAUAUUAACAUGAGUACUCCCAAUGUUAUUGCUAUUGUUUGUUUUGUCCAAGAUGCAGAGCAGAUGGUUGAUAACUGUGAAUUCAGUUUAAUCAUAGAGACUGCGACGCGUGCUGAGUAGUGAUCUACAAAACCGUCACGAGUGACAGAAUCCAUGACAAAUCAAAGAUCCCCUCUUAAAAUAAGUAAAAUAUUAUUUGAUUAGAAAUUUCGAGGCAAAUAUAAUGUCUGCCUAAAAAUACUCAAGUUCCGCACAUUUCACUGCAGAGAGGAAAUGCUUCAUCUUCCCUACAUUCUUUCACCAAUGUACUGAAAUUAAUAAAAACGUAUAGAGUU